CCUCUGUGUGUGUGAGUGUGUGUGUGUGACAGAGAGAGAGCGAGAGGAGAGCGAGCAAGCGAGAGAGAGAGAGAGAGAGAGCAAGAGAGCGAGCUGUGAGCUGUGCUGCCGCCGCCGCUGCCCUUUGAUCCCGACAUUAGUGUUAGGGGCUCGGAGACACAGAGCGCGGCCAUAGACACCGCCGCACCGGCACUCAUUUAUUUAUACCUCCCAUCACACACGCGAGCAUAGGACACACACACACUCACACCUAUUAGAUCCGUUUCCAUUGAAGAAUAUUACGCUCGGGGACAAGCCAGGUGCACGACCAAAAAUUAAAAAAAAAAAAAAAAGGAAAGAAAAGAAGAAAACCCCUCUUCUGGCUCCAGGAAACAAGCUUCAACCCAUUGCACACACCGGAGAGAAGGGGUUUCCCCCUGCCCGCCCGUCCGCCCCCCAACUACCUCCCCGCUCCUGCCAGUGUCUGCCUCUCUGCCCCCACGGGGGUUUAUUUGAUCUCACAUUAACCAAGGAGGAGAAUGUGAGAAAAGGGGGAAAAUGCCCAGGAGGAAGCAGGAGCAGCCCAAGCGCCUUCCCUCACAUGUUAGUAGGCAGGAAGAAGUGGAGGGUGAACUCAGUGAAGGAGAACACUGGUAUGGGAACUCCUCAGAGACGCCAUCAGAAGCAUCCUAUGGAGAAGUCCAGGAGAACUAUAAAUUGUCUCUGGAGGACCGGAUCCAAGAGCAGUCCACCUCCCCUGACACCUCCUUGGGAAGUGCGACUCCCAGUAGUCACACCUUGGAGCUGGUCGCACUGGACGGUGAGGUUCUACGGGAUUCAUUGCAGUGUCAAGAUCACCUUUCCCCUGGUGUGUCUUCAUUUUGUGAAGAUGACCCCCCAGGUUCCAAUAAGCCCCUGAGUAGCAACUUAAGACGGCUGCUGGAGGCUGGUUCUCUCAAACUCGAUGCCACAGCCACAGCCAAUGGCAGAGUGGAGUCCCCAGUAAAUACUGGCUCAAAUCUCUCCUUUUCGCCACCAUCCCACCAUGCCCAACAGCUCAGUGUUCUUGCCAGGAAGUUGGCUGAGAAGCAGGAACAGAAUGACCAAUACACUCCAAAUAAUCGUUUUAUAUGGAAUCAAGGUAAGUGGUUGCCAAACUCAACCACCACCUGUGGCUUGUCCCCGGAUUCAGCCAUCCUAAAACUGAAAGCUGCAGCCAAUGCUGUUCUUCAGGACAAAUCUCUCACCAGGACUGAGGAGACCAUGCGAUUUGAGUCCUUCUCUUCCCCCUUUAGUUCCCAGUCUGCCAGUUCCACCUUGGCAGCCUUGUCCAAGAAAGUCAGUGAGAGAAGUUUGACUCCUGGUCAGGAACACCCACCUCCAGCCAGCUCCUUUCUCUCCCUGGCUUCUAUGACCUCUUCCGCGGCUCUUCUGAAAGAGGUAGCAGCAAGGGCUGCUGGGAGUCUUCUGGCUGAGAAAUCAUCACUGGUGCCUGAAGAUCCUCUACCACCGCCGCCUUCAGAGAAAAAGCAAGAAAAAGUCACCCCACCACCCGCACCACCUCCACCUCCUCCACCGCCACCGCCACAAUCCUUGGAAUUAUUGCUACUCCCAGUUCCUAAAGGAAGAGUUUCUAAACCCUCCAAUUCAGCCUCAGAAGAGGAAAGCGGAAAGCCUUUCCAGUGUCCAAUAUGUGGUCUGGUUAUAAAAAGGAAGAGUUACUGGAAGCGGCACAUGGUGAUUCACACAGGUCUAAAAAGUCACCAGUGUCCGCUCUGUCCAUUCCGGUGUGCUCGCAAGGACAAUCUCAAAUCCCACAUGAAGGUUCAUCAGCACCAGGACCGAGGAGAGACCUUUCAGUGCCAGCUAUGCCCUUUCACUUCCUCUCGCCACUUCAGCCUGAAACUCCACAUGCGCUGCCACCAGCACUUCCUGAGGACAGAAGCCAAGGUGAAGGAGGAGAUCCCAGACACAGAUGUCAAGGGAUCUCCCCACCUCAGUGACAGUGCCUGCCUGGGGCAGCAAAGGGAAGGAGGAGGGACAGAGCUAGUGGGGACCAUGAUGACGUCUAACACUCCAGAGAGGACUAGCCAGGGUGGGGCUGGCGUCUCGCCUUUGCUGGUGAAGGAGGAACCCAAGGAAGAUAACGGCCUGUCCACCUCCUUUACCCUGAAUGCUGCCGACAGGCCCACCAACCACACAAAGCUGAAAGACCCCUCCGAGUAUGUGGCCAACAGUGCGUCAGCAUUGUUCAGCCAGGACAUCUCUGUUAAGAUGGCGUCUGAUUUUCUCAUGAAGCUGUCAGCUGCAAAUCAGAAGGAGCCCAUGAAUCUUAAUUUUAAAGUGAAAGAGGAGCCUAAGGAAGAGGAAGCCGUAAGUGCGACCUUGCCACCAUCCAGCUAUGUGUUCAGCCCAGAAUCUCAAGUGUCAGCCCCAAGCAUCCCUGAGGACACACUUCAGCCCCAGGAAGGGAAGGGGAAUGUGCUAAGGCGGGAUAUGUCAGUCAAAGCAGCAUCUGAACUUCUCAUGAAACUAUCAGCGGAAAGCUACAAGGAAACCCCGAUGGUGAAGAUUAAAGAGGAGCCCAUGGAGGUUGACAUCCAGGACCCGCACGUCUCAAUAUCACCCAGCCAGAAUGUCGGCUAUAGCACUUUAAUCGGGCGGGAGAAGACCGAGCCCUUACAGAAGAUGCCAGAGGGCCGAGUACCCCCAGAGAGAAACCUCUUCAGUCAGGACAUAUCUGUGAAGAUGGCUUCCGAGCUUCUCUUUCAACUGUCAGAAAAAGUGAGCAAAGAGCACAAUCACACAAAAGAAAACACCAUCCGGACCACCACCAGCCCUUUCUUUUCAGAAGAUACCUUUAGACAAUCACCAUUCACCUCCAAUUCAAAAGAUCUGCUGCCUGUCCAGUCUGUGCUUCACGGAAGAAUAUCAGCUCCAGAAACAGAAAAAAUAGUGCUAGAGGCAGGAAAUGGAUUGCCAUCCUGGAAAUUCAGUGACCAGCUUUUUCCCUGUGAUGUGUGUGGGAAAGUGUUUGGCCGGCAGCAGACGUUGUCCCGACAUCUCUCGCUGCACACAGAAGAAAGAAAAUACAAAUGCCAUUUGUGCCCCUAUGCUGCUAAGUGCCGUGCAAACCUGAACCAGCACCUAACGGUCCAUUCUGUGAAGCUGGUGAGUACAGACACUGAGGACAUUGUCAGCGCCGUCACCUCUGAAGGCAGUGAUGGGAAGAAACACCCUUACUACUACAGUUGUCAUGUGUGUGGAUUUGAAACUGAGCUCAAUGUCCAGUUUGUCAGCCACAUGUCGCUCCACGUGGACAAGGAGCAGUGGAUGUUUUCCAUCUGCUGCACUGCCUGUGACUUCGUCACCAUGGAGGAAGCAGAGAUAAAGGCUCACAUCGGCACCAAGCACACAGGAGAAGACAGGAAGACCCCCAGCGAAUCAAACAGCCCCUCUUCAUCCUCCCUCUCAGCUCUGAGUGAUUCGGCCAACAGCAAAGACGACUCAGAUGGUUCUCAGAAAAACAAGGGAGGGAACAACCUGCUGGUCAUCUCUGUCGUGCCUGGGAGCCAGUCCUCACUGAACAGUGAGGAGAAGCCAGAGAAAGGGUUCGAAUGCGUUUUUUGCAACUUUGUCUGCAAGACGAAGAAUAUGUUUGAGCGCCAUCUGCAGAUACACCUCAUCACCCGGAUGUUUGAGUGUGACGUGUGCCACAAGUUCAUGAAGACCCCCGAACAGCUGCUGGAGCAUAAGAAAUGCCACACUGUCCCCACCGGUGGGCUCAAGUAAGGAAACUCAGGACAGUGGUGAGUGUCACACUCCUCUAGGUGCCCAUUCUGCAUUUAUUCCACCAACCGUCCCGCCGCCAUGGAGUGCCACCUCAAGACCCACUACAAGAUGGAGUACAAGUGCCGGAUCUGCCAGACGGUGAAGGCCAACCAGCUGGAGCUGGAGACGCACACCCGGGAGCAUCGCCUCGGCAACCACUACAAGUGUGACCAGUGCGGCUACCUGUCCAAGACCGCCAACAAGCUCAUCGAGCACGUGCGCGUCCACACUGGGGAGCGGCCCUUCCACUGUGACCAGUGCAGCUACAGCUGCAAGCGCAAGGACAAUCUCAACCUGCACAAGAAGCUGAAGCACGCCCCACGCCAGACCUUCAGCUGUGAAGAGUGCCUGUUCAAGACCACACACCCUUUCGUCUUCAGCCGCCACAUCAAGAAGCACCAGAGUGGGGACUGCCCUGAGGAGGACAAGAAGGGCCUGUGUCCAACCCCCAAGGAGCCAGCUGGCCCUGGGGCCCCGCUCCUCAUCGUGGGGAGUUCCCGGAAUCUCUUGUCUCCCUUGUCGGUCAUGUCCGCCUCCCAGGCUCUACAGACCGUGGCCCUGUCGGCCGCCCACGGCAGCAGCUCAGAGCCGAACCUGGCACUCAAGGCUCUGGCCUUCAACGGCUCCCCUUUGCGCUUUGACAAGUAUCGGAACUCGGAUUUUGCCCAUCUCAUUCCCUUGACAAUGCUGUACCCCAAGAACCACUUGGAUCUCACAUUCCACCCUCCCAGACCUCAGACUGCUCCUCCUAGCAUCCCCUCACCCAAACACUCCUUCCUAGCCUAUCUCGGACUGAGAGAAAGAGCGGAGACUGUCUGAGGGCAGCCAUGCUCUGUACCAAAAACCAAGAGACAGACAAAAAAAACCCCACAAAACUUAAACACAACCCCAGCAGGUGUAUGUUGCUGCAAAACCCACAGACCUCCUCGGUCUGAACCACGUGUACUGUAUAUCUUUAGUAAGGAAUAGAAAAUUGGCUCUGUGUGUAUACCUAUUGCAUUGACAUGAAAGCUGCUUUAUUCAGUCUUCAGAGAGGUGACCUACUGCAUACUUCUACCUUCAGAGGCAUGCCUCCCAGCCCCACCUCCCACUCUCACCCCUGCUCCGUACUUUUCUUUUCAAGGAAUUUUGUCUUGUUCAACCCUCAAGAGAGUGUCCUUAAUAGCAGUCAGCACUUGUCAGAUUAUCUACCAGUGCAUUUUGUUUUCUGUUGGGUGAAUGGGGUGUGUGGGCGUUUGUGGAUUCUGAAGGAGAAGGCCGUGCAUGUGUUGUGUGCCAUGACGUGUCCACCACACCUUCUCAGUACUGCUUACUUAGCAGUGAUGAACAUCCUUUGCCCUCCUGGGUUGUUCAUGCGCUCCAGUCUCUCCCUGAGCUCCUUUAGCACCUUUCCCUCUCAGCUUUAUGGCUAUAGAGCAGUAGGGCCUGGUGCUUAGUUGGUGAAGGCAUGGUAGAUAUCUGCAGUGCUGCUGGAGAUUUCCGACAGAGUGCUGGCGACCUUGGGCUCCUGUCUUCUUUGGUUAUGAAGAUGCGAGGAACCAAGCGACCCAUCUCGGAAGAAAUACCUCGCAGCACUGCAGCUAACAUCACAAAACCUAACCGUGUGUGUGUCCGUACGUAUACAAUGUGUAUGGUUACACACACACACAACGCAUCGUUUUUUAAGGGCAGAUUAUAUAUAUAUAUGAUGUAUUAAUUCAGUGGUUACCAUUUGUUUGCAGGAAAAAAAAAUUGUAUGAGUGAGAACUUUUAUGAUUGAGAAAUCCAGCCAAGGAGAUUAAAAGGGGUUUGGAUAAAUUCUGGGUAUAAAUGCUCAGACUAAAAAAAAAAAAAAAAGAAAUGGCAGUUUUGCACAGUGCUUUGAUCUUGCACUAAUUUUUGUUUCUCAUCUGCAGCAAAAAAAAGUAAAAUAAAAGGAAGAAAAUGUACCUUUUAUAUGGAAUGAGUAGACUGUAUGUUUGAAAAUUGAGUCCCGACCUCUUUGACACAACAAAAAGGUGCUGUUUCCCCCUGCGGUGUGGUUUAUGCCCCUGAGAAGUUUCCAUCAUGUUUGCAGACCUCUGGCUAUCCCCAUGUCUGUCCUCCGUGUUGUUAGUAAUUCUGUAUUCCAUUUUGUUCACGCCUGGUAGAUGUAACCUGCUAGGAGGCUAACUUUAUACUUAUUUAAAGCUCUUAUUUUGUGGUCAUUAAAAUGGCAACUUACGUGCAGCACUUUAUUGCAGCAGGAAGCGGACGUGAAUCGGUGGCAUGGCCCUUUGCUCAGCUUAAAAGGCAAUGGGUGAUUUAAAAAGGAAAAAAAAAAAAGAAUCUCGGGCUGAAUAUGUUAAUGGCUUUGUAUUUUUAAGACAACAGAAUUUCCAGUAUGAAGCAGGCUGAAAGAGCAGGAAGAAAUGUGCUUUGUAUAAUAAUGGGAAGUUUGGAAUAUAAAAGUUUAUAUAUUAUUUAUCUGUUGAAGAACUGGUGUACAGGAGGAACGCUUUCUUACUGUGUUGCUGUUUUCCAUCAUGUGUUAUCCUAGAGUUGGGAUUUUUUUUUUCCAUCUGUUCCACCAGGGGAAAAUAAAGGUAUCCCUCGUUUUCUCCCUCUGGUCAGUUUGCGUCACUGAAAGCCCCUCUAAGUUAGUACAGUUCCCCCGGAAGCCAGAGACUGUACUGUGCAUCCACUCCCUUGUCCCUCCGUCUGUCCUUCGCACCCAGCCCCUUCCCCCAUCCCUAGCCAGUGUGCAACACUCCCCUCUGCCUGUCACCCAGCCACCGAGGGGGGCCUGUUCGGUGCCCUGGCAGACCUGUUUACACUAAGGAGAUGUCCCCAGGGGCGGGGAGACUGAGCCAGGUAGGGCUGGAAGCCUCCGCCCCCACAGUCAUUCUCCAGCAGGGACAUUUGUUCUGGGCCACGUUUGAAGCUCUGUUCAACCUCGCCACGUCAACAUCUCAGUAAAGGACACUAUAGACAGUUACGGACGAUACACUCCAAGAGUGAUGGACCUAUGGGUGGGCUGCGUUUUUAAAAGUAGUGUCUUUAUCCCCAUACAAUGGAGAAUGUGCCACUUGGCUAAUAAUGUGCUUUCAAAAUGACGAGUUCAGUGAUGACAGGAAAGAGGGCCACGGGGAUCCCACGGAGGCUGGCAGAAAAGGCGAAUCCUGCGUACGCACCAGCAGGUUGAAAACCUGAAAGGGUGGCCCUGACGGUCAGGAUUGUAGGUUUCACAGCGUGCCACUUGUGCAAUAUGAGGUCCUAGGGUGGAGACUUUCAAGAGCGAGAAGGGGGAUGGAAGGAGACGUUUACUGCUCAAAUGCCAUGCAUUUCACUGCUUGCCACUGAACCUGCAUUUGAAUGACUUCAUCAUGCUUAAUGUAAUUGGGCAACUUUUUUAGCACUUUGGAAAGAGUCAUCAGUCUUUCUGGUAAAUUAUAAAAAAAAAAAAAGGUUUUCUGAGUGAGAAAAGGUGUGUUUGGAGUUUGUUUGACUUUUUAUAUUAUUAUUAUUAUUAUUGUUAUUAAUAAAGAAAAAUAUACAGCAUUUUUCAGACUCCAUCUAGAUAAAUAUGUACCCCUGAAUUCGGUUUGCAGUUUGAUACUCAGGGAAGGAUGUAUUCCAUAGAUAUCCUUUCCAUGUAAAACACUAACGUCUUUGAGAAAUUCAUCUACCGACUAGCUCCAAUUCUGUUUUCACUAUGCAUUCUUCAAUGAAAGCUAGCUUAUUUUUCCAUAUAGUAGUGCAGUUAGAGUUCUCAGCACUUUCUCUCUUCUCUCCUUUUUUAACUCCUCAUAACUACGUUCAGAUGAUCAUACUGUCAAGGUUUGUGUACAUUACUGAAAAUUUGUAUUGUAUAAAGCUUUUUGCAUUACAAGGCUGUACAGGGUCAUUUUGACAGUUACUGGUAUAUUCCUUUGCAUCUUAUGUUGCAUUGCCAAUUUCUAGUGUAUCCAGUUUGGAAGUAUAAUAUACUCUAAUUAAAAAAAAAAAAAAAGGUUGGCUAUA